AUGCUUCUGGUGGACACGAAGCUCAAGAAAAUCGAGCACGACGAGGACCUCAAGUCGCGAAUCGCCAACUCUCGAUCCCACAAAAAGCUUUCAGCUUCUCGUGUCUACCUCGAUCUUUUGCGAAAAGACGACGUGGUGAGGCUUUCCAUCAGUUUUUUUUUCCUUCCUUUUUUCCAUUUUUCUUUAUGUUUGUCUGUCUAAUUCCUCUAGAGGGUCACAAUUUCCGAAAGCAAUUGUUUUUUCUGUGCACAGCUCUCCCAUGGCGCCGUGACAAACGAGUAUUUGGUGAAAUGGCACCUUGAAAACGUUUCGCCGCAUCUGACAAAGAAGAAGGAUGUGCACUUGGAUUCGGACAGAAGGCUCGCUCUUUAUGCCUACACGCAUGACACGUUCAGCUUGUUGCUCGUGCCGAUGAUUAAAGAAAAGUUCGUUUUUGGAAAGUUUUCCUGUUAAAAUUAGGGUAGAAUUGGAGAGCGAUGGCGAAAAGCUUGAAUUUCGAACCUAACACAUCUUUUUUCUGAUAUUGUGUGGGAAAAACCCUGCAAAUUCUAUAAAGAAGUGUUUCCGAAGCGAAAAAAAGGAUUUUCAAUGAAUUAACAUGAAUUUAUUUUGGCAGAACCUGGAAGGAUUUGAAAAAAAGCUACGGUUUGACCACAAAAAAAUAUACAAAUAUUCCGUUUUUCAAAAAAAGGUUUUACUGAUUCAAUUGAAAGAAAAAAAUGAAAAAGAAAUCCCAUUAUUAGAAACUUCAAAAAAAUGCUAAUGUUGAUAUUUUUGAAAAAUGAAGGGGCAAAAGGAAUAAACUCGAGUUUCAAGAGCUCCAAAUCUCAGCAAAUCAAAUUUGUCUAUUUGAAGAGUUUUUUUGAUGAUUUUGAAAUUUUCUGGAGCUGUUUACUUGAAAUGAAGCCUAACCUUUGAGGUUUAACAGAUCGAGUUAAUCAGAGUAAAUGUCAAAUUUGACGCAAGUUGAAUUAAAAAUGUGAAAAUUUAGAAGGUAGACAUGAGAUGUUAAUUGGAAAGAACGACCUCGUGAGGUCUAUUAAUCAAAGGUCAGAAACAGCAAAUUACUGUAAUCGAAGAUUUUUUUGAUGAUUUUUUUCAUAAAAAAAUGUUCAUUCCAAUUUGCUUAAAAAAAUGAAAAAAAGUUCAAAAAAAGAAGCGAGAAUUUUUUUCUAAGGUAAGAUUGACUACUGUGGCGAGAAUAAUUUUCGAUCACUUGAAAAAAUAAUUUUCAGAAAAGAAUCGCUCGGAUCAAUGGGAAACGAUGCGGCUUUGGCCUGUCUUUCGGACUAUAAUCCACUUCUUUUCACCUAUUUCCAGCAACUUUUUGCUCAGGUUUGCAAACAGGAAAAAAAAAACGCGGAAACAAAAAAGUGUAGCGGACGGAAAUAAAGAUGCAAAUUCCAUUUAGCUGCUUGAUUAACAUGCUCAAUUUAUAAUACUAAUUUAGACGAAACAAGGGGGAGGGGGAUGGAGGAAUAGAUUGGUAGACCUUUCGUGUCAGAUGAGCCAUUUUGACAGCUACGCUACAUCCGAAUUUAAUUAUAAACAAGGAAAAAAUGCAGGAAACUACGCAAAAACGUGAGAAGAAAACUCUUCUAACGACUUGUUUUGAGGAACUGACAGGCUAAUAUUUUUUGCCGAAAUCUCCCUAUAAAUACUGACUUUCAAACUUGCCAGUUAGAAUUUCAUCCUCAAGACGUCACAGCGAUAAAUUUGGGAAAUCAGACAAGUAUCCUAAUAUUUUUCGCCAUUUUCGGCAAGCGUGACUCAGAAGCUCGGCUUGUAAAAAUGAUUCCAAGUUUGAAAUAUGAGGAUAGGAGCAUUCUAUAACGAGCCGAGGCUGAGAAAAUUUCCCAAGGUCAGACAAAAGUUGUGGAAAAAGAUAAAUUAAGGUGACGAAUCCGCCGAUUGAUCCAUUCCGAGAGCAAAUUGUGAUGUCUCUUCGAUGCCCUAUUGGUCCGGAAUCCAACAUUCUUGAGCCUGACCAGGAAAUGGCCAGUCGGCUUAUUUUGGAGCAGCCUGUGCUCUCCAUGGUUGAUAUGGAGGUGAGAGAAAAGGGAAAAUAAAAUUUCUAAAAGUUUUAAGAAUUUCUUUGCACUGUGAUUCUUUUUAACUCCAAAAAAAAAACUAAUCAAUUUUCAGGUCAUCCGACGGACCAUGUACAAAGGCUGGAAAAGCAAAGUCAUCGACAUCACCUUCCCUGCCAGAUAUGGAGUCAAAGGCAAGCUGUUUCCUUCAAGAAGCUUCUGACUGUACUUGUAUUUUUGAGACUCUUUUUUUCAGGACUGGUCCCUGGCCUCGACAAAAUGUGCUGUGAAGCCUGUACGGCAGCUCUGGACGGCUACCCAUUGUUGGUCCUUUCCGACAGGAAGGCCAACGCCGAAAAUGUUCCGAUUCCAUCUCUUCUGGCCGUCGGAGCCAUCCACCAAUGCCUAAUCCGACAUCGACUCCGUAUGAAGGUCGCCAUCAUCGUUGAGACGGGAGAAGCUCGUGUCGUCCACGACUUCUGCGUCCUCCUGGGCUUCGGAGCUGACGCCAUCUGCCCCUACAUGGUCUUCGAAACGAUGUUCCGACUGAGAAACCUCGGCUUGUUGGACAAGGAACUGAAUGAUGAUCAGGUAAAUAUCCUGUGAGGGGAAACUGGAAACAAUUGAAAUAGAGGAAAUUGUAAAAAAAUACUUUUUAAAAAAAUUAUCGAAAAAUCUAGCCAAUAUGAAACUUUUUUUAGGUCUACCAAGGAUACCGACAAGGCGUAGAGCGAGGAAUCUUCAAGGUCAUGGCCAAAAUGGGAAUUUCGACACUCCAUUCUUACAAGGUCUGAGAUUCCGGACUAUCUGAAGAAGUUAUGAAAAAUAAAAACUCAAAUUUCGACAUUAAAAAAUGUGAGACUCAUUUUCAAAAAAUCGAAUGAAAAGUAAAAUUUUUUUUCACCAUGGUUUGUGAUAGGCGAACUUCAACGUCGCUAUAAGUCUGGCGCAAAAAUAAAUUUUUUGAACGUUCAAACUUGAGUCAUUAACACAAGAGUUAUAUAUUUUCAAGUACUCGCAAGAGUUCAAUAACCUGACUUUCAAGCUCAAAGUACCUGUUCCAGCACGCUCAAAUCUUCGAAAUCGUCGGCUUGGCGAAAGAAGUCGUGGACAUGUGUUUCAGAAACACGGUGUCCCGACUUGGAGGCGCGACGUUCGAAAUUCUGGCGGCUGAAGCACUGAAACGGCAUCGGUCCGCAUAUCCCAUGGGUGGCGACUCGGCCUCAUUUGGUUGGUCUUUAACUAAGUGGCUCUUAAAAAAAUGGACCAACUUCUUCAACUUCAUUGUUUUUUUCUUCAUUCUCUAAAGAAUAGAAUGAACUAACGGAGUUGAUUGUGGUCGUUGAUGACGUAGGCAAAUGGCUGUUUUUUUAAAAUUUUCGCUAAUGCACGUUGCACGGAGAAAAGAAAUUUUGUUUUCCCUUAUCCAGCCGCUGUUUUUGGGUAAUUAAAACUCUUGGUCGCAGUUGGAAUGGGUUGCGUGGCGGUCAGUCGGCAGAAAGUUCGAAAUUUAACUGAUUCCUUUUGAAACUGAGCCACUUCGCAACCGCAACGCUUUGAGCCAUUCCAUACAAACUUGACUACACUCUAGGAGCCAAAUUAGUAUAUGCACUUGAGUUCGUGCCAUCGUUGUCGCUUUCCACACAGGUGAGAUUUUUUGGGAGUUUCUUUCUCACAUAGUUUUUCAUUCACUACCCCCAACCACCACUUUUUUUAUUUUAGAAAAGUCUCAACAGAACCUCCGCGAUGGAAUUUAUGGUUCGUUGUUUUUCCUUUGCAUGCUUGCUUUGCGUAGGCUGUAGUGGGUGCAUGUUAACCCACUCAGCUUCAAAGAAAACGCUUCAGAGCUUUUCCAACUGAUAUCGAGUGAGUGAAAAUGAAAUAUCUAGGCGACUCUCGAACUCUGGUGGCAACUGGAACCUAUCAUUGGAGAGCUGGUGGCGAGAAGCACAUCAAUGAACCGAUGGCGAUUGCCAAGCUUCAGGUCAGAUAUUGGGAAAUUUAUGAAAGUUUCUGUUCAAGGAUAACAAAGAUUCAUGGCAAAAAUUAAGAAAUUCAGAAAGGAUUUCAUUGAAAAUAUUAUUCUCAACUUUUUACCCUCAGACAGUUGUUGAUUAAAAACACAUAAAAAAAUUUUGCGAAUCUCCUACCUUUUUUUACAAAAAACAACUUUGAGCGAUUUCCGAUUUUUUUCCAAACUUUUGCGACUUCAACAUGCCAUCACGCGCAAGUCGUUUAGGGUCGGAUGCGUUGAACAAAAAUUUCAUACUUCAGAGGCUGAGGAGUUCUUAGUGCUUUUGAAAGUUUCUAUUAUAAAAAUGGAACACUUACGAAUGAUUUUUCAAGAAAAUAAAAAAAAAUUCUCUCAUUAUAAUCGUUUCACCUUUAGGCGGCAACUCGAUUGAACAACCCGAAAACGUUCCAAGAAUACUCCCAAGCGUCAAACUUGGCUCAGAGAUGGUGCACCUUGCGUGGACAGCUGGAGAUCAAGACGAGCUCAAAAAUCCAAGUGCCACUGGAUGAGGUCGAACCGGCGAGCUCCAUCGUCAAGCGUUUCGUGACUGGUUUGUUUUUUGACAUGUCAGGAGCCUUUUUGAUGGAGAAUCUUCAAUUUGAUGAAAAAUAACUGCGAGCAUUGAAAGAAUAUUGGAUCUGUGAACUCAUUUUUUGGGUUGGGAAGUUUUUAAAGGCAAAACUUUCAAACUGAUAUUUUACUUUUUUCGAUUUCGAGCGCUGAACUUUUCUUUCUGAAAUUUUUAGGAACUUCUAAGCGUAAGUUCAAGGGGCAGAAAAAUUUCCUCUGAGUUUUUUUCCAGAAGUGGCUCGAUUGACUAACUUAUAUGCCAAAAACUUCAGGUGCCAUGUCAUUCGGUUCAAUUUCCUGGGAAACUCAUACUGCUCUUGCCAUCGCCAUGAACCGCAUUGGAGCCAAAUCGAAUACGGGAGAAGGUGGUGAAAAAUCGGAGCGAUACCUUCCUGGACAAGAUCCUGACCGUAACUUGAGAUCCGCCAUCAAACAGGUUUGAACUCUGAUGAUUUUCGACAAAAAGCCAAUUUUCUUCAGAUUGCCUCCGCUCGUUUUGGAGUGACGUCCUCUUACAUUGCCAACGCCGAUGAACUCCAAAUCAAGAUGGCUCAGGGAGCGAAGCCUGGCGAGGGCGGUGAACUUCCUGGCCACAAAGUGACCCAAGAAAUUGCUGAUUGCCGAAAAUCCACACCAGGGGUCGGACUCAUUUCUCCUCCUCCUCAUCAUGAUAUCUACAGUAUUGAGGAUUUAGCUCAGGUUCUCACCAACUGUAGCAUCAAAGUCAUCAAAAAAGAUUCUAGCUGAUCUACGAUUUGAAAUGCGCCAAUCCGGUGGCUCGUGUCAGUGUGAAGCUUGUUUCGGAAGCUGGAGUCGGAAUCAUCGCUUCGGGAGUUGCCAAAGGAAACGCAGAUCACAUCACGGUUUCUGGGCAUGAUGGUGGUACUGGAGCUUCCAGGUUUAGAGGCAGAAAAAGGAAGUUUCUCAAAAAAACGAUCAAUUUAGCUGGACCGGAAUCAAACAUGCUGGACUCCCUUGGGAACUCGGAGUUGCUGAAACUCAUCAAGUGCUCACGAUGAACAAUCUCCGUUCUCGUGUUGUCCUCCAAGCCGAUGGACAAAUUCGAACUGGUUGGUUUUUUUCGAUGGAACUGCAAUGAUUUAUGAUGAGACUUAAAAAAAUUUGAGUUUUAAAAAUUUUUCUGAUCUUUUUUUGAAUCAUAACGGUUGUUAAUUGAUAUUCAUAAAUAGAAAAAAAUGACUUCUGAAGUUCAAUUCUGUCAUUUUUUUGAAGCUGACGUUUUUAAAAGUGGUCCACAGCUUGAAACAGCAAAAUUGUUUUAAAAAUUGUUUUCAGGUCGAGACGUCAUGGUUGCUGCUCUUCUGGGAGCCGACGAGUUCGGCAUGUCUACUGCUCCCCUGAUUGUUCUCGGCUGCACGAUGAUGCGAAAAUGUCACCUCAACACCUGUCCUGUCGGAAUCGCUACUCAGGUUCGUCUUGAAAAAGUUAUAUUGAUAAUAAUAACCGACUUUUCAAGGACCCCGUACUUCGCGCCAAGUUCGACGGAAAACCAGAGCACGUCGUCAACUACAUGUUCAUGGUGGCCGAAGAAGUUCGGUACUUCUUGUCCAAAUUGGGACUUCGAACGCUUCAAGAAGCCGUCGGACGGACAGAUCUUCUCUAUGCCAAUCCGAAUCCCGUGAACAAGAAGGUUCCGCUUUUUAAAGUCAUGGAAUCGAGAAUAUUAUGCAGGCGACUUUGCUCGAGUUCGGCUCAAUCCUGAAGAAUGCCUCCCAAAUGUUCCCGACCUACUCCAUUCACGGAGGAAGUGUGAAGCAGGUUAACCAGCUCAUAAUCUUUCUGAAUUAUUUUGUUAUUUUUUCAGGUCUUCGAACUCGGACCACUGGAAACCAAGCUUCUGGAGCAGCUCAAAGAAGCAUUUGAGGAGAAAAACAAGCACGUUGUCAUCAAGGAUGAAACCAUCACGAACUUGGACCGCGCUUUCGGAGCUCGCAUCAGUUAUGAGGUUCAUCCGAUAAAUAGUUCGAUCAUUCAAAUUUUCUCAAGGUUUCAAAGCGCUAUGGUGAGGCAGGACUUGCUGAGAGCAACAGCUCCAUUGACAUCAACCUCUACGGAUCGGCGGGACAGUCUUUCUGCGCUUUCCUGGCCAAUGGCAUCAAGGUCACGCUUGAAGGUGAUGCCAAUGACUACGUUGGAAAGGUAAGGAUGAACUUCCAAAAACUUGAGGUCGAAGUUGCCUAUUUUUUAAGCCAGGGAAUUCUCAAAAUUGCAAGUUUUCGGUAGAAAACUGGUUGAAAACAGAUUUCAGCUUGUGAAAGGAAAAAACUUUUUGUAAUCUUCAUCAUUUGCAGUGUCUCUCUGGUGGUGAAAUCGUUGUCUUCCCGCCAAAAACUGCUUCCUUCAAAUCGGAAGAAAACUCCAUCAUUGGAAACGUCGCUCUCUACGGAGCCACCUCAGGAGAAUGCUAUUUCCGAGGAGUAGCUGGAGAACGAUUCGCCGUCCGUAAUUCUGGAGCCACGGCUGUCGUCGAAGCUGUUGGGGACCAUGGCUGCGAAUACAUGACUGGAGGUCGUGUCAUCGUUCUUGGAAUGAUCGGACGCAAUUUCGCAGCCGCCAUGAGUGGUGGAAUCGCCUAUCUUUUUAUUCAGUGAGUUGAAAACUUUGUUCGAGUUGUCCCAACUUACAAGCUUCAGAGAAGAUUUGAUGGUCCGUCGGAUCAACAACGCCACCGUCGACCUCGACGAGCCAACGAAUGAAGACCUGGUCUACGUCAAGAACAAGAUCAAUCGCUUCGUGGAGCUCACCGGCUCGACUCUUGGUACUGAGAUCUUGAACGAUUGGCAGAAGUGGAGCAAUAAGAUUUUGAAGGUGAAAACAAGAAAUUUUGCUUAAAAAUGAUAUAUUUUUUAAAGGUCUACCCGCGCGACUACAAACGUGUGAUCGAGGAGCAGGAGAAGCUCCGACAGGAGAAAGAACAAGCUCAGGAGAAAGAGCAGAAGAGGAACGAUGACUUGGCAGUGGCCGGCCUGGAGACGAGAGCCCGAGCUCUUUCCAUGGACAUGCAAAUCGCGGCGACCAUUCCCAAGCACAAGAAACGUGACUUCCCGCGGAAGAAGAGCAGCGUUAGUAACAAUAAUUUCAAAAUUUUUCAUUUUGUUUUUUCUAAUCCUUCCUUUCAGAUUGAAACUAAAGAUGGACAUCUCGACGUCCCAAAGGUGGCCAUAAAACUUUUAGACGUGAUUGUGAACCUCAAAGAAAAAUGGGAAAUUUUAGACGUGAUUGUGGGAAUCUUUAUUUUGGGAAAAGCAUGACUUUGGUUGUAGACCCCAUCUGAACUUUUUUGCAGAACUUAUUUUCUAAUUUCAGGUCGUUGAGCUGCGAAAACGUCGAGUCUCGAAGAGCUUGCGUCCUCAAGACAUCGCCGGCUUUGAGCUCGAAGAAGACCUGCAGGAUGCUUACAAUGAGCGUGAGGAGGAGGAAGACGUCAAGUCAGACAUCGACGAUAACUCUGACGAAGAGGUUGAGCUUCAUUCGAGUCUUCUAUUUCAUCUGGACUUUUGAAGUUGACGCCCAAGAAGGACAGCUUCGACAUUGAAAGCAUUGUCAUUCCUGGUUUUCUCAAGAAGAAAGAUGAGCCUUUGGACAAGCUGAGGUGAGUUUAUCGCCAAGCCAUUCUUCAUGCGACCAACAUGUCGAAAAAGUUAAAAUAUUGAAAAAUUGGUUUACAGAGGCUUUGUCAAGUACAACAGGCAGAAAAAAAUGUACCGGCCGGCCAAGGAAAGACUCGAGGAUUGGGAUGAAGUUUACGAUUUUGAGUCGAUCCGAAGCAACAUCCGAGAACAAGCUGCUCGGUGUGCUCAAUCAAGAAAAUAAAUUCAUUGAAUGACUUUUUCAGUUGCAUGGACUGCGGUGUUCCUUUCUGCCAAGGUCAUACAGGAUGUCCUCUCGGAAACAUCAUUCCGAAGUGGAACGACUACGUCUUCAAGAAGAACUGGCGUCAGGCUCUCGAACAACUCCUCCAGACCAACAACUUCCCAGAAUUUACUGGCCGUGUCUGUCCGGCUCCUUGCGAGGUAAUCUACCAAAAUUGAAACAGUGAAGUUAAUAAGUUUCGUUUCAGGGAGCUUGUUGCCUGGCUAUUGGAUCUCCAGCGGUCACCAUCAAGUCGAUUGAAUGUGCCAUCAUUGACUACGCCUUCCUCCAAGGUUGGAUCAAGCCUCAGCCUCCAAGUGUCCGCACCGGAAAGAGAAUCGCAAUCAUUGGAUCUGGGCCAGCAGGUUUCGAUUAUUGGGAAUUUUCUUUGCAAUUCUAAAUCUCAGGCCUUGCCGCGGCCGCUCAACUCAUCAAGGUCGGUCACACUGUCGUUGUCUACGAGAGGAAGAAUCGAAUCGGCGGUCUUUUGAGGUGAAAACAUUCACAAAAUGUUCUAAAAGAGAAAAAAUAACUUUCAGAUACGGUAUCCCAACCAUGAAGCUGGACAAGUUCGUGGUGGACCGACGAGUUUCACUUCUGGAGCAGGAAGGAGUUCGAUUCCUGACCAAUACGGAAAUCGGAAAACAUGUUCCUGCCGAUUUCUUGCUGAAGGAAAAUGAUGCUAUUAUCCUUUGUACUGGAUCUACAACGGCUCGAGAUCUCACGGUAACUUAUCAACUUUUUUUUCAAAUUUGACUCAUUCUUUCGGCUUUUAACUUGAGAAGACUAGAAAAACUCAACUGUAGCCUUACUUUGAUGGUCGGAACGGUGAAUUUUAGGCCGAUGAAAGAAAUCUAACCCUCUGGAUUAGAUAGUCCAGUUACAACACAUUCAAAGAACUCGAGAAUUUUCCAUUCCAGGUGGAAGGCCGUGAUGCCAAAGGAGUCUGCUUUGCCAUGGAGUUCCUGGAGAAGAGUCAAAGACGCCGAGCUGGAGACGAAGUCCUCUGGGAAGGACUGGAUCCAGCCAACAAGAAAGUUGUGAUCCUUGGAGGUGGUGACACGGCUACAGAUUGCAUUGCCACCAGCAAUCGAUUGGUAAAACGUUCCAGAAAACAUUGAAAACUUUUAUUAAAUCUUCAGGGCUGCAAAACGGUGCAAGCCUUCGAGAUCCUCCCAAUGCCCACAGAGAAGCGGAAAACCGAGAAUCCAUGGCCGGAAUGGCCGUUGAUCUUCCGUGUUGACUAUGGUCAUGAGGAGGCGGUGGAGAAGACUGGCAAAGAUCCCAGAACUUACUCUGUUUCGACCAAGGUUUGAUUGAAUUGAUUGUUCAAUAUUUUUUGGUUUUUUCAGCGCUUCCUCACAAGCACCAACAGCGCCGGCGUCAAGGUUCUGACUGGCUUGGAAAUUGUCGAUGUUGAGUGGGAGAAGGAUGAGAAGGUUGGACCUGAACUAAAUUAGUAAACAUGGAAGCUCUAUAGAAAAAUCAAAACUUUUUGGCCGAUGUCUAGUUAGUUUGAAUCUAGUUUGCUUGAACUUUCAGAGCUUACUUGAAAAUUACUUGAAUAGCCAAUGAGUUCAAAAAACCCUACUUCCCAAAUCUUCUAGAACUUCUAAUAAGCUUUGCUAAUUUUCAAAAAGAAGGUUCAGUUUAGCUUUUGAGAGUUUUGAACUCGUAUGUCCUUAUAAAAAAAUCCAUAUUUUUCAGGGCGCCUGGAAGCUAGUUGAGAAGAUGGAUACGCUGCGCACGAUCGAAUGCGACUUGUGCAUUCUGGCUAUGGGAUUCGUUGGGCCUGAAAAGGUACCUCUUUUUAAGAUUUUUCAACUGGUUUAUGAGUUCCAGACGGUCAUCGAACAGCUGUCGUUGAAAUCAGACCCUCGUUCCAACAUCUUGACGCCUAAGGACAAAUAUGAUUCUACUGUUGCAAAGGUAGGAGUAUAAUUCACUGUGACGGUUGAAUCUUUUUUUCUCAGGUCUUCGCAGCUGGUGACUGUCGUCGUGGCCAAUCUCUUGUUGUUUGGGCUAUUCACGAAGGUCGUCAAGCUGCUCGGCAGGUUGGUUCUUGUGGUCUGAUCAAAAAAUAAUAUUAAAAAAAUCGGGUGAAAUGUAUUAUUACUUAAAGCUGCAAAAAGGCGUCAAAAAAGUUUUUUGAUGAUUUUUUCAGAAGGUCUAAAUUUGCGAAAAACGAUUUUCAGAGUACAUCGUACUAAAAAUUAACAAUUUCCGAGCUCAGUAACGGAUCAAAGCUUAGUUAUGAACAGUUUUGAUCCAUGUAACUUUAGAAAACCUGUAAAUUUUUCGAGAAAAGCCCUACCUUUCCGAUAAAUUACCUGUCAGAAGGUACAGGAAUUUUUCUAGAAAAUUCCUUAAGUUUCAAGAGAUAUUUAGAACUUCAUUUCCAGCCUUUCAAAAUAAUCCGGAAGAUCAUCAAUUUUCAACAUGAAGAUUCAUUCAUGCAUAAUAUGAUUAAAAGUGAUAUUUUUCAGGUCGACGAAUUCCUCAUGGGAAAAACGACUUUGGCUGGUCCUGGUGGAAUCGUCACGGCUCCUCUUCAGCAUCGAAGCGCGGCGUAA